AGCAGCGUUUACGUCUAAUUGAUACCUGCACUAUAGGAUAAAUUUUUGGCACUUUUUGUGUGUGUUGAAACGCGGAUAUUAUUUCGCAUUAGAAUUAAUUCUAUUCGUGAAACACCACUGUAAAGUUCUAAUUUGUGUUUUUCACGAUGGCAGAGAACAGAGACAAUAAUAAAGGUCACCCUAAGGUCAACAUUGAAGCCAUAUGCAAGGAAUACCCUAACUCAAAGGUCCUAUUGAUUUCCGCACAGAGACCACGGGCAUUUUUCAUUAGGACCUCGUGUGAGCUAUUUGCUGGUGGUACGGAAGUUUUGAUUCUUAGCGCACUGGGCGAUGCCAUUCCUCAUUGUGUCCAAUUACAACAAGCCCUAAUUAUGAAGAAUGCGGCUACCAUGAUACGAUUUGACACUACGCUUAAUAAGUUGGCCAAUUCUAGGGGAAAGGCACCGGUAUACAUACCGGGUGUACAAAUUUACAUGCGCAAGCACCCUGAGUUUAAGGGAUCGAGAAUUUCCCCUGCUUAUGUAUUUUUUGCAUCUAAACCGGUAUCUGGUGAAGUAGAAUAUGCUUUUAAAGCUGAUGCUAAUGAACACUCUUGUAUGGUCAUCGCUGGUGAUGUUGAUUUUCGGAUGCCGGGAAUAGGUAGUUCACACCAACACUUCACGGAUGUAUUAAAGUCUGCGGGUCAUAAUGUUGAUGCUUAUACUAAAUUGUUCAAAACGCUGCACAAGGAGGCUUUGGAAGCAAAUGCUGCUGAUCCUGUGGUAUUCAGUUUAACCAUGGCUAAUUCUAGUUAUCAGCAUCCCGAUCUCAAGUUCGCCAUGUGCCGUCUGCCGAAGGAUCUUCAGGCUUUUAGAAAUUCAGCUGAAGGCGUUGUAUUUAUAUGCAUUUUCAACAAACACCCACAUGAUAAUGUGCACAACAUGGGAUUGAUAUAUGUAGUUGAACCCAACGGUAAGAAUUAUAAGAAUAUUGACGAAUACUACCGUGCAUUGCACCUGACCGGAGAGAACUUAAUGACCACAGUGUGUGACCACAAUGGUAUGGCUAAGCGUGAUGCCUCUAAAUCACAUCGAUCAAUGACCAAGUGCUCAACUUAUCUUAUUGGAGGUGGCGCAAACCGCCAUGAUAAUGCAAACAAGCUGGAAAUUGCUAAGCAUCUUCUCAACGGUAUAGCUGAGGCCUACAGGCAUGGUCCUGCAUCAUUGUUUCACUUUGCUUACGACGAGGACGUUUUCCGUCAGGCGUGGACUGCCACUUCAGGUCUUUCUGUGGAGUUGGGUUGAGACCGGAGAGACACUAGGGCUCAUUUGUAGGGUUAUGCCGAUGGGUAAUGGUGUGUUUGCUUCGUUAUAACUCUAUUGUAUUAAUCACUGUCUUACUAGACCAUUGCAAGUCAUAGGCAACAGGUCUAACGCAAAAACCUUUUUUCGUACUCCAACAAUGCCUCUUUACAUACGCCCAAAGUAGCGUAAACGACUACGACGGCUCACAUAAUAAUGACGU